AGCAAAAGGCGUGGACGUGCUCAUCUUUGGUACAGUCAGUGUUACAUUACUCAAAUAUAAUAUCACGCACAGACAGAGCUGUCAGUGAUCACCUGGAGAACCAGACAGGUGCUGAAGGCAGACUAGUUCACACCCAGCUGUAGACAUUAGUUACUUUCGGUGUACACAAUGAGAGGACGUUUCAGACGAAGAGACCAGAGGGAAAGAGGAGAAGAAACAACAGACCUCGGGGCUGCUGGGCUCUCACCUCUGCCAGGUGAAACCGCGCCGGGCUUCGCUGAGGCACACACACCUGUUGCGGGUUCGACUCUCCAGGAUGUAGGCGGUAGUAAACAAGGUUCCAGAUGUUCUAUUUAUGAUGGUGAAAAGGUCUACCUGGGAGUCCGUGUUAAAAUGCCAGUAAGGGAUCUUCUAAGAAACAUCCGCCUCGCCCAAGGAGUUGAUCCUCAAGAUUUUCAGGAGAUGAACGGCAAAUCAGUCCUAGGAGAAAAGAAACGAGUCCAAACACGCGCAGGACGCCGAACCGCCAAGAGGAAACGCCCCACAAAGAGCCUGGAGGAGUUGGCAAUUAUAGUGGAGGUUCUGGAAGAGGACCUCAGGACUGGAAACAACUACUGCUCCACUCCCACGACUCUGUCCUCACCCUACUCUGCCGGGUCCCCCGAGUGGUCUCCAACCGGUGCCGGAUACAACAGUGACGAGUCUGAUGAAAUGAUCCCGAGCCCCCAGUCCUACAUGAGCUACUCUCCCUGCUCAGUAGACUACCAGCAGGCCCUGUCUCCUCCGGCCUUCAUGCACACCGGCCUCCAGCCUCCCAGCUACUGUCACAGUGAGAGAGACAGGGGACAGGGGGAGGACUGGUUUGAUUCCCUGAACCAGGACUGGAACCUGGACAGUUCCGCUUUCUUCUUCACCCAGCUGCAGAAAGAGGAGAGCGCGCUGAGACACAUCACUGACUCUGUGCUGCUGUCCACCGACGACCAGGGCAGGACAGCUCUCCACAAAGUCGUAUGUGUUGGAAAGAGGGCGCUGGGAUACGCCAUCGCCAAAAGGAUGGCCGCACUCAACAGCCUGGACCUCAAAGACUCUGAAGGAAUGACUGCCCUGCUCCACGCAGCCAAGCACAACCACCACCUGAUGGUGGCAGAUCUGAUCCGGUUGGGGGCCAACGUCAACGUGACCAACAAUUUAGGAAAGUCGUGCCUCCACCUCAGCGCUGAGAAAGGCUACAUCAGAGUCCUGGAGGUUCUGAAACAAACGAUGAUGGACGGUGUGUUUGUCGACGUUGAAGCCACCGAUAACUCGAGGAUGAGUGUCCUGCAGUGUGCUUCAGUCGCUCUGAAAGCCGCAGUGUGUGAGCUGGAAACCAGUUCAUCUCCCAACUACUCCAGACUGCACACGCUGCACCAGGAGCAGAUGAUGGAGACCCUGGAGUGUUUGCUGCAGAUGGGCAGCUACCUUCAUACCAUGGGGAGUCAGACGAUGCAGCCCAGGUUUUUCUGACCCUGGUGGCACGUCCGCCCGGCAGGGCUUCCCGGACCCCGACAGUAAUGUUCUGAGUUGGUUUAGGCUUCAGUUUGUCUGAGACAGAGACCAUAGUUAACUGAGUAUCUGUUCUCUUGACGUUCCAAGCCGUUUAUGUAAUGCAUCUGAGGUUCUGUGUGUGGUGGAAAUGUCUGACUUGCAAUCAGACACUUUCUUUAAAGCCUGCACAGAAACAUCAGGUGCUCAUUAGGUGGUUUCUGUGAAACUUCCAUUGUUUGUUACAUUACAGUAACAAGUCGUCCUCAGUCAGUGUGUCUGUGGCGAUGUUAAUGUGAAACCCUAUGACAGUAGUUUAUGUAUGUAUAAGAAACUGUAGGGUCAUUUAUGGGAGUGUUAGGAGUCCAGUUUGGUUUUAUAAAUGUGGACCCAAAUACAGACAAAACACUUUUCCAUAAGCCCCUGUCAGAGUCAUAGGAUUUACAUGUUGGAUCUCUUUAAAGACGUUGGUACCUGAGGACAUUCAAAUGUUUGUUCAGCAUUGUGUGGUGAUGGGGAGUAAAGACUACGUUUUGAUCCUAUCCUGUGCAUGUCUUAGUUCUGUUUAUACAUCGCCUUUUCAUGUAUUGACAAGUUUUGGAUUCAUCUAAACAAAAA